AUGGGCGAUCUAGGAACCGAGGACAAGAGUAAAGGCGAGGCGAAUAAUGGAAUUCCAAUUCGUACCGACAGAAGGCCUUCGAAGAGGCUCCUGCUGAAUGCCUUUGACAUGAAUGGCAUCGGCCACAUAAGCCCGGGACAAUGGCAGAAUCCAGUUGACAAGUCCAAAACAAAGAACAGGCUUGACUAUUGGAUCAACCUGGCGAAACUGCUGGACCGUGGCAAAUUCAAUGCGCUCUUCCUCGCCGACAACUUCGGAUCCCAUGAUGUUUACGAAGGUAGCCAUGCGCCCGCGAUCCGAGCAGGAACUCAAUGGCCGAUGUACGAUCCAUUUGUCAUUAUCUCAGCGAUGGCUGCAGUGACGAAGAGCGUGGCUUUUGGAGUCACUUCGUGCACAACCUUUGAACCGCCAUUCCUGCUGGCCAAACGUUUCUCGACACUCGAUCACGUUACACAGGGAAGAAUCGCUUGGAACAUCGUCACCUCUUGGUCAGACAAUGCUGCGCGAGCCGUAGGUUUAGAAGAGCUGCCAGAACAUGAUUUGCGAUAUGAUAUGGCAGAGGAGUAUUUGAACCUGAUGUACAAACUCUGGGAAGGAUCUUGGGGUGAGGGCGCAGUUGUUCAAGACAGUCAAAGGGCAACAUACACCGAUCCAUCCAAGGUCCGAAAGAUCGAGCAUCGCGGACGCUUCUUCAAAUGUGUCAGUGCCCACUUGGUGGAUCCGUCACCACAGAGAACGCCGGUGCUGUUCCAGGCUGGCAUGUCAGCGGCCGGUGCUGCAUUUGGAGCCAAACAUGCGGAAUGCAUCUUUAUUGGCGGACGAAACCCUGCAUUUGUGGGAAAAAAGAUUGCGGAAACAAGGAACUUAGCGGAGAGUCAAGGAAGAAACCCGAAAGAUAUAAAGUUCUUUGUUCAGUUCACUCCAAUCCUCGCUCCGACCGACGAAGAGGCAAGAGCCAAACUGGAAGAGUAUCGCAAAUACGCGAUCCCAGAAGGCGGACUUGCGCUGUUCUGUGGCAUUUCAAAGAUCGACGUCAGCAAAUUUCCUUUCGACGAGGAUUUCCCGACAGACCCCAAGCACCCACUAUACGAGGGGUUGAGCCCAAGACAUAUCGAAGCAUUGACAAGCAAGCCUGAUGGAUUUAUGACUUGGUCACCUCGGGAUCUAGGCAACUUUCAAGCCAUUGGCGGCAGCGGCACAUUCUUGGCAGGAAGCCCAACCACAGUUGCGGAUGAAAUGGAGAGAUGGGUCUUUGAUGGAGAUGUUGAUGGCUUCAACAUUGGUCACGUUGUUGUCCCUGGCGCUUGGGAAGAUGUUGUUGACCUCCUGAUCCCCGAGCUUGAGAAGCGAGGCUGGUUGCAGGACUAUCCAGCCCCAGGAGGCACGGCGAGGGAAAAUCUAUAUGCCACCCCAGGAGAUGGAAAGGUCAGACCUUCUCAUCCAGGUGCGAGCUUUAAGUUUGAAAAGUAUGGGGAGACGUGGGAAUGA